AUGAACGCCACCUUCGGCACGGGUGAUUUCUUGCAUUACAACGCACAGUACAAACUUCUAAUAUGCCUUGAAUGCAAAUACGCCAUUCAAAAAAACGCCGUGCGCAGCCAUCUACUACGCCACAAAAUCUACCGCGGAGAGCGACAGCGGCUAUUAUCAGCAAUCUCUACGUUAGAGCUUGCAGAGCCGGAUGAUGUGCAAUUCCCAUCUACGCGGCGCGAACCGGUGAAAGGGUUGCCCGUUAUCAAGGGCUAUAGAUGUACAGCCAUUGGCUGUGGGAGUCUGUAUGCGAGUUUUAAGCGGAUGAGGGGUCAUUGGACUGAGAGUCAUGGGCUGGGCAAUAAUCUGCCGGAGGGCUUUGCCUGCGCUGUUGACUUGCAGACUUUUUUUCGGGGCACGAAGCUUCGGUAUUUUGAAGUAACGAGAGAGGCGUCAUUGGUUGAGAAUCAACCGCAGCAGCAGAAAGGCUUGGUCUCUAUGCCUUCUUGCGCUAUGUUCAGUUCAAAUCCUGGACUGGAUAUAGACUUGGAGAAGCUGAGAUAUUUCCACCAUUUUACGUCCACGACGAGUCUAACGCUACCUGUUGGAAUCUCAAAUUUAACGAACUACUGGCAGACGGAUGUUAUAUCACGAGCUCUACAUCUGCGUUGGUUGAUGUUUGGCUUGCUUUCCAUCUCCGCGAGUCAUCUGGCUGUGCUUUCGGGGGAUGAGACAGUCAAACGCACCCAUCGAGAGCGUUCGGCACAGUAUCGUCAAGGCUUCUUAGCUGGAUGGACUGGGUCAACUGCGGGCGACGAUACUGAUGUGUUAGGAAUGGGUGUUCGCGUCACAUCUAUUCAACGAUGUUGUAUGUGGACGUCUACAUCGAUUCCACUACAGUCCUUUGUGACGACCAUCAAUGGCUAUACCGACCCAAACUCCAUAUCAAUGAAAUCCAAUGACACCCCUAGCGAUACGCCCACAACAAACCAACUGCUAAGUUCAAAUAAUUCAAUACGCACCGAUAUCCCCAAGGCUGCACUUCUAGAACACUUCUAUAACCUGCCCUAUCGCAUGGCCGAAAAAUUAGGAAAACCCAGCGUACCCACCGACUUCAUGGCCAUAAUGUCCGCCAUUAGCGCAUUGAUCGAGUGCUGUCCCCAAUUCUAUGAAGCAAACGACCCAGAAACUCUCUGGAUGGCUAUGCAGGAAUGGUUGAAGAGGGUAUCUGGUCGAUUUACGCAGAUGCUUACCAUCGAGAAACACCCGGCUACGCUCAUCGUGUUUGCGCAGUGGCAGUUGUUGGUUGCGCGAGCGGAGCGAGAUUGUUGGUUUUUGAGGGGGAUGGCGACGAGGAUGUUGUGUCGGGUUAUUGGGGAGUUGGACGAAAAUAGGGCUUCGCGAAGUCUGAUCGAGGAAUCGAUGGGCUGGGCUUUGGAGUCUACCUAG